GAUGACAUAUUUUUGUUUUGAAUGUAAUUGCCAAUUUUGUCAGAAAAGUAAAUAAACUUGAAAAUACCCAAAAAAUCGUACGAAUCUUGCAUUAUACUUUUAAAUUUCAAAAGAAAGAUGCACGAGGCAUAUCUGGUCUCGCCAUUAUUGAAAGUUACUUAUCAAGUUGAAUGUAUUGCAGCUUACAAUGAAAGUCUUCUGGUGGGCACAAGACAAGGCCAUUUGUGCAUGUAUAAUUUAAUUAAAAAUGAAGACCAAUGCAAUAUAGAACUGAUGAGGUACAAUAAAUCAUUCAGUAAAAAACCAGUCCAACAGUUGGAAGUGAUAUCUGACUACAAUAUACUUAUAAGUUUAACAGAUAAUCUAAUCCAAAUUCAUGACCUCAAUGCUAUCACUUUUACCACUAUUUACCAGCUGCAGAAAUCUAAAGGUGCAACUUUCUUUGCAACCAACGUGAAGAAACAUACUUCUAUGACAGGUGAAGUAACUAGUUUAGUUCGUAUGGCAGUUGUGGUGAAAAGAAAGGUUCAGCUAUACUAUUUGAAAAAUAAUGAAUUUUUGCCCCUGAUGGACGAUAUCAGCUUGAACGAUAUUCCUCGAUCCAUGGUAUGGUGCCAGGAGUCUAUUUGUGUCGGAUAUCGAGGAGAAUAUGCAUUGUUAGAGCUGGAUGGUAAACACACUGACUUAUUUCCCACAAGUAGCACUCGUUCAAGUGAACCUUGCCUAAUUCGUGUCUCUGACACAACAUUCGCAUUGUGUAGAGAAAAUCAGACCGUCAUCGUGAACGUAAAAGGAGAAACCGAAAUGAACAAGGCUCUGAGAUGGUCUGACGUUCCGGUAACAAUGGCCUGGGAUGAACCUUACGCGCUGGGGAUACUAAACGAUUCUAUAGAGGUAUUGACUUUGGAUCCAAGCGGCUUAGUACAGACCUUGACAGAUCUGCCGAAAGUGAGAUUCAUUGUUUCUGCUCAGCAAGGACUGUUAUUUGCAGCUUCUAUCAGUCAGAUUUGGUGUAUGACAGCAGUCGACGUGGCCAAACAGAGGGCAGUGCUGGUUGACGACAAGCAAUUCCAACUUGCUUUGAAACUUACACAAAUUUCCAAUGAAUCCGAAGACGAAAAGAAAGAAAAAGUACACCAUAUCCAGACGCUUCUGGCAUACGACCUGUUUCACCGCAAGCAAUUCCACGAGAGUAUGAAGGAGUUUCUGAAACUAGAGACGGACGUGUACGAUGUUAUACGUCUGUUUCCCGAUUUGCUUCCCCAGCAGCAACAAGUGAGCGAAAUUCCGGACCCUGUGAGAGACAUGACGGACAACGAAUUGGAGACCAGUCGUCUCGCUUUGAUUGACUAUCUGAUAGAAAUGAGGCGCCGAUUACAGUCGUCAGACGUGCAGGUACAGGCCAACGUGAAUGCUAGAGGCAACCUGAAUGAAAGAGUCGCCAGCAAAUCGACGAACCAACUGCUCCAAAUCAUCGACACCACUCUCCUGAAGUGUUACCUUCAAACGAAUGAUGCUCUGGUGGCUCCUCUCCUCAGACUCAAUCACUGUCACCUGGUUGAGACGGAGAAAAUUUUGAAAAAAAUGGGAAAGCACAACGAACUGAUCAUUCUGUAUCAGACAAAAGGGCAACAUCGCCGUGCCCUGGAACUUUUGCAGUCCGAAGGAAGCGUAGAACGUACCAUUGGUUAUCUUCAGCAUUUAGGAUCGGAACACAUGGGAUUGAUUUUGGUGUUUGCUGAUUGGGUGCUUACGGAAUCUCCUGAGAAUGGUUUGAAGAUAUUCACAGAAGACAUAGCCGAAGUAGAGUCUCUGCCUCGUCCCCGAAUUCUAGACUUCCUCCUGAAGUCCCACAAGUCCGUCGUCAUUCCUUACUUGGAACACGUCAUCCACACUUGGGAAGAUUCCAAUCCGCUCUUUCAUAAUGCCCUGAUUCAUCAGUACCGUGAGAAAGUGAUCUUGGAAGGUUCCGUGGCAGCGGAGCAUACCCAGAAAAAAUUACUGCACUUCCUAGAAACCAGUCAUCAGUACACGCCAGAGAACGUUCUGAGCAACUUCCCAACGAACAGUUUGUUGGAAGAGAGAGCUAUUCUUCUUGGAAGACUAGGAAAACACGAAGAGUCAAUUGCUAUUUACGUACGUGCUUUAGGAGAUGUUCAGAAGGCUGAACGAUACUGCAAGAAAAUAUACGAAACGGGAGUUUCUGGUACUGAAAGUGUGUACGUUUCUUUAAUCAAACUGAUCCUGGAGCCAGACAGCAUCCCGUUAGCUCUGCCAGGCUUGACUCUGUCUCCCAAAACCGCCCAGCCGGAUCUCGAACUAGCGUUGAAGCUUCUUGAAGAGCACGCGAAUCAUAUGAACCCUCUCGAAGCGUUGGCCAUCCUUCCAGACAGCGUGCCAGUUUCUCGAAUAAAUAAAUUCCUUUCCAUCGCGCUUCAGAGGGUGAUCAAGGAACGCAGGAACAUGCAGCUGAUGAAGGGACUUCUGUACGCGGAGCAUUUGCAAUGCCAAGAGGUGAAGUUGGCUCUGCAGAGUCAGCACGUGCUAGUGACCGAGAUGAAUGUCUGCCCCGUGUGCAAGAAAAGGUUCGGGAAUCAGAGUGCUCUCGUUCGAUAUCCCAAUGGAGAUGUAGUUCAUUAUUCCUGUCAAGAGAGAAAGUUGUAGACUACAUUAUGUAAAAGAUUUGUACAUUUUUUUGCAAUUAUUUCAUAGUUAAAUACUUUAGUGUUUUGUAUCAAUUUAAUGAUAUUUAUUGUGAUAUGUUAAAACAGACAAUAUACAUAAGUUAUGUCA